AUGGCUGUGCCAAACUCCGGGAUGCACAGAGCUCGCAGAGAGGGCUCAUCUUUUAGCAACAGGUUUAAAGGCAUAGAGCUGUUAAAAAAGAGCCGUGUUCAUGUGAGUCGUUGUUGGAAUCUUGGUGCUUCCAAGUGGAAAAGGACACACACUGCAACCAGGGGGAAAAGGGAAGGGCCUUCAGGCGUAGCUCCUACAACUUCCCUGCGCUCAUGGCCAACGUUGACGGCCUCCAGCCAGGCCCAGGGGUGCAUUGGGAGGCAGCUGACAGGUUGCUCCCCAGGAAAGGAGUGCUGUGAGCAUUUUGUGUGUUCAUUGGGAGUGCGGGGAAUCCCCUCUGUUGGCAGCAGGUGCAUCCUGACCACCUGCAGUAGGGAGGGAAGCCAGGAGCUCUUUGCUCAAAGGCACUGUUUUGCCCCCCUGCCUUCCCCAAACGUUAUUUCUACAGUAACAUUUUCCUGUCGUUUUAGUUCUCUGAACAUGUCCCAGAAGGAUCCCUGCCAGAAACAAGCCUGUGAAAUACAGAAAUGCUUGCAAGCGAACAACUACGUGGAGUCUAAGUGUGAAGCUGUGCUUCGAGAGAUGAGGAGGUGCUGUGCCCGGUACCCCGAGGGCAGAUCCAUCUGUUGUUCAGGUUUUGAGAAAGAAGAGAGAGAAAAGCGUAGAGCUACUUCAGGAGGAAUUCCCCCACCACCUCAGUAACACAAAGCAGCUCCAGCAGGUGCCAGAGCACGGACUCACCUACGGAGCCCAGGUGUGUGUUUGUGAGCCUUCUCUAGACUUUCUGGAAAGCCAGAGGGCUCCUAGAACACACCACCCCGCGCACCAAAAAGCAGUACCAAGAGAUGGCCUGGUUGACAGACUUCAUUUUCUGUACCAAAUCAUCAUCUACGUUGUCCUCGCGUUGCAUCCGUAUCCGUGAAAAAUCAGUCUGAUGCGUUUAGAAUGCUUACCUUACUCUAACCCAUCCCUGCUCUCAAAAUGGAGGGCUGGAACCAAGUUACUGUGGCUUCUGGAGGGGGAGGUACAGGAAAUGUGCUCUUAAGAAUGAGUGUAAGUGUGACACAUGAAAACAAAGCCCAUUUCGACACAGCAAAGGUGUUGCUGCCGUUGGGCAGCAGCUCCAGGCAACAUUCACCUGUCCAGGGGUUCAAGCUCAAGAAUGGGAAUCGGGUCUGGGGUUUGGUCCCAGGUCUUGCAUAGCUCACGGUGACCAGGCGUCACUCUGCCUAAGUGCCUCACUUUCCCCCUGGACAGAGUUUAGAUGACUUCCUGUUUGAAUUGCCUACACGCUGCUAUUUGCAUGACAAUAAAGAUGUUACAGGAACAUUAUUUCAGGGAUUGCUACAGGAAUAGGAUCUUUUUUUUUUUUUUUUUUUUUUUUAAGAAAAAGAAAAAAGAAAAAGAAAAAAGAAAAAGCAAUAUUUGUUUGGAAAUCCUGACUGUUGAUAUAAAAUUUAUAAAUUUCUGUAUAAUUGAAGACCUUUAAGCAAUACGUUACCGAUCCAGCAUAUCUGGCUGUGCUGGAACCCAGAGGCCUACCACAAAGCCCUGGGCUAGAUCCAAGAACCGAUUUAGGUGCCACUUCUGAACACCACAGUCGUAGGCACCCUCUGUCAGUACAGCACUUCAGACUCACACACAACCUGAUCCGUCUGCGUCUGGACCCCAGGGAGAGAUGGCUCCUCAGAAACUCUCACCUGCGCAGCAGAAUUUCCUGUGACCUGUAGGAAGAGCUCAGUAGUCAGGUUCCUGCAUCACCCUUCAGAGCUGCCUCUGUCUCUCCGUCCACUGUAGCAGGAGUCCAGGCACCUCAGUGGGUGCCAAGUCCAUUGCAGGGCCCAGGCACCACAGUACCAGACUUCGAACCCACUAGGCUCCUAACUCUGUCAUUAGAUCUAGCCAUAAAGGACUUUUGUGCUGUGAUAAUUAACUACAAAAUACAGCUUCUAUAAACAGACCACUGUAGUCUAGGCACAAUAGUUGCGUGUAUUGAAGCCUAGAACGGCAAACCAUCUGUACCUGCUGCUCUGAAAUACCAUAACACAAAAUAAAUGACUGGAACAAA